AUGCCUGUGCCAUUACUUAGAUUAAUGAAUGCUGAGAUCGGAACAGAUCUCACCAUAAUAUCUACAUAUUGUAUUAAACUCAUCAUGAAGAUGUUACAAUCACUCAGAAGAUUUAUGCACAUACUAGAAUUAGAAGAUUCAAAUGAAAAAAUAUCAGAACUUAAGAAUAAGUUGGAUAAUUUUCUUCCUAAACAUAUGCCGUCGUCUAAUAUUAUUGUGUCUCUGAUAAAGAAAGUUAUGGAAAGUCCCGAAAAUGCUGAAACUACUCAGGAUUAUAGGCUGGCCGAAGCCGGAGACAUCAGAAGCACUACUAACAUUCAUUGA